GACUGAGCACUGCGAACGGAGAGGGGCCUAACCAGUGCACUCAGUGUGGGAAGAGUUUCAGAUGAAAGGCCUAUCUCACCAUACAUCUGCGUGUCCACACAGGAGAGAGACCAUACCAUUGUACUCAGUGUGGCAUGAGCUUCAGUGUACAGGAUACUUUAAAAAAGCAUAUGUUAAUUCACACAGGAGAAAGGCCGUACCACUGCUCUGAAUGUGGCAAGAGUUUUAGACGAAAAGGGAAUUUCCAAGCACACCAACGCAUGCAUACAGGAGAAAGGCCAUAUCACUGUACCCAGUGUGGCAAGAGCUUUAAACGUAAGCAUCAUCUCACAGCACACAGGGUCUUGCACACCGGAGAGAAACUUUACCACUGCAGUCAGUGUGGUAAGAGUUUCAGGCAAAAGUUUUGUCUCACCAUUCACCAGCGUAUUCACACUGGAGAGAAGCCGUAUCCCUGCAGCCAUUGCAGCAAAAGUUUUUUUCACCUUUCAGAUUUGGUAAGACAUGAGCGCAGUCACACUGGAGAAAAGUCAUUUCACUGCACUGAAUGUGGCAAGAGUUUUGCCGUAAAGGGAAAUCUCAAAAUACAUCAGCGCAUUCACAGGGGGGAAAAGUACCACUGCACACAUUGUGGCAGGAGCUAUUCCUCAAAGGCUCAUUUUAAGGACCACUUGCGUGUUCACGGAAGACAGGAGCCAUAUAACUGCACUAUGUGUGGUAAAAGUUAUAGAUUCAAACAGAGUAUGGUAAAACAUAUGCGACAACAUACAGGAGAGGGAAUGCACUACUGCUCCCAAUGUGGCAAAAGUUUCACUGAAAUGUUUCUCUUCAGAGAACACCAAUACAUACACACAGGAGAAAAACCAUACAGCUGUACUAAAUGUGGGAAGGGUUUUGUGUCAGAGAGAAAUCUUCAAAGACUCAUGUUAACACACUGUAAACUAUACCACUGUACUCAGUGUGACAAGAAAUUCAGUCGAGAGGAUCAUUUAAAAAUGCACCAGCAAAUUCAUUCAAGAGGGAAGCAAUACAAAUGCUCCAUUUGUGAUAAAAGUUUUUUUACAAUGUCUCAUCUCAAAGCUCAUCAACAUAUUCACUCUGGAGAGAGGCCCUACCACUGCUCUCAGUGUGACAAGAGUUUCACUGAUCUGGGAAAUUUAAAAAGGCAUCAGCAUAACCAUAAAAAAUAAAAGCUCAACACCUGAUUAGAACCUGAUUUUUGUCAUGAUGUGGCCCCACAUUUUGCCAUAUAUUUUGAGAGUAAUACAAUAUACAGCAAUCAUUCAAAUUUCUUGUAUGUAUGAUUUAUGCCAACAUCUGCAAUAUUGUAGCCUGGCGUAGCCAUACUCAAUUCUAUUUAGAAUGUGAGUAUGAUACUGUAUGAUUUGGUGGGGCUUGUGUAAGGCCAGGAUCUUUGGACCAGCCAAAUUUGGUCCAUCCCCCCAUUCUCAAACAAAGAACCUUCUGCACCACCCAGGGGUAACAAUACAGUCAAAUUUAUCCAAAAAGAGAAACUGGUUUGAUUUUCACUUCUGAAAUCUGUGUAAAUGUAUGCUGUGAAUAUUACUCAUUCAUGUUUGGUCUUUAAUUAUCACUUGUAAUGUGGGCAGCAGUCUGAUCAUGGUGGUUUCAUGAUCAUCUAAUGUUUGUGCAUAGUUGAAAACUAAGAGCUACACUGUAGUCUGUAUGUGAAUCUCAUACCUAUUCUUUGCACCAAUGACCAAUGGUCUGUAGGCAAGUUGGGAGGGUCGUGCAUAUUCAGAUGGUCUUUGCCUUGGGAUAAAGCAGGGCUGCUCUUUAAGAUAAGGUCUCUUAAUUAUUCUGGUCUACCGCUGGCUAGAGGUCUCUCUCCUUUCUCUGACCUCUCUCUCUCUCUCUCACACUGUCUCUCAAUCACUGUCCUUACUUUUGGGUUUGAUCUUUAUUUUUUUUUAAUGUGUGAUGACUUAUUUUAUCUGGUGUAUUUGACAUUCUAACUUGUUAACUUGCUAAGUUUAAGUUUGUUAUUUGGUUAAGCUUACUUUGUUCUUUUGUUACUUUGUAACAGUAUAUUUACCCGAGUUUUACUUUACAUUAAAUUUAAGUGAUAUUGGUCACAUCUACCUUUAUAGUUUACUGGUAAAUAAAUGGUUAAUUCACCCACCAUUUAUAUAUUUCUUCUUGUAUGCCACCAUUCCACUACUCUUACACAUUUACCACUGCAUUACCUGUAUGUCAAUGUUUAAUAAACGUUUAAACCUUUGAUGGCCACCACAAUUCUUAUCCUGAGGAGCAUCUGUGGUGUCCCUGACACGUGUUUCAACCGAUACAACUGAGGCAGGGGGAAAAAAAAUGCCUCUGCACUCAGCUUCUCUAGCGACAGGCUUUUUAUUUUUAAACAAAAUUAUCCAAAGUGCGCUCAGGUGAUGUGAUCGACUA